UUGGUAGAGUUCGGAAAUGCGAAAUAAAACUACAUAAACUGCCAAACAUGAUGCAUUUGAUGGAGGAGGAAGAGGAGGAGAGCUCCCAGCAACAGCCACAAACAUUGGUCUUUCCACAUAUGACAUAUUUAGAAGUGGUGGAAUGUGAAGGAUUGAAGAAUCUAGUACCGACCUCCACAUCCUUCCAAAAUUUGAACUCUUUGAUACUGACAUGUUGCCAUGCAAUGCAACAUUUACUAUCUUCCCAAACAGCCAAAAGCAUGACACAACUUAGUUCACUAAUAAUAAGAAAAUGCAAAAGUAUGGAAGAGAUAAUUUCUGAUGCAGGAGUUGAUCAUUCGAAAGGUGGUGAAAUUGUUUUUACUCGGUUAGAUUAUUUGGUGCCUGAACAUUUACCCAGACUCACGAGCUUCUAUUCAGGGAACUAUACAAUGAGCUUUCCAAGUUUAAAAGGCUUGGUAGUCUAUGGGUGCUUUGCGAUGCAAAAUUUCUCUAAACAUGGUAUUAUAAGCACCCCAAAACUGAAACGAAUGUCUAUUAAUCUUAUCUCUCGUAGAAAAUCAGAUUUGGAAUUCAAGUUGAAAUCAGAAUCAGAAACAGAAUCGUCUUCUAAUUGGAUGGAUAGCAUCAUAGCAAAACACUGCAUGAGCCACCACCGCCGUACUGCAUUACAAGAGCUCUCCAACGAAAAAGAUAUCACUCCCUCAAAUCCGUAUCAAGAUUAGGCAUCUUCUCAAAUGCAUAUCUAUUGCGAGCAGUCUCUGCAAGUAAUUUGGUGUCUUGUGUAUGGAUGAUCAGGUACACAGCCGAGGAUAUCUUUGUAGCGGUAAUGGGCUAGAGAUCUCCUUGUGCUAUAAGAUUUUGAGUAAACAAGAGAACAUUUAUGCUUAACUUUUAAGAUUUUUAAGUAAGACUAUUAAUAUUUCAUAUUUUUACCUUUGUAUUCAUCAUGGUUUGUUGUGAUUGGUGAUGUAAUAUU